AUGGGAGCAAACGCCUCCAGCAAGUCGCCACCCUUCGAUGAAAACGAAGAUGUCACCUUCGACCAUUUUGAAAUUUUGCGAGCUAUUGGGAAGGGCAGCUUCGGGAAAGUCUGUGUUGUGCAGAAGAACGACACCAAGAAGAUGUAUGCCAUGAAAUACAUGAAUAAACAGAAGUGUGUGGAGCGUAAUGAAGUGAGAAAUGUUUUCAAGGAGCUGCAGAUUAUGCAGGGCCUGGAACACCCCUUCCUAGUUAAUUUAUGGUACUCAUUCCAGGAUGAAGAAGAUAUGUUUAUGGUUGUAGACCUGCUGCUUGGAGGGGACCUGCGUUACCAUCUCCAACAAAAUGUGCGGUUCCAAGAAGGCACAGUGAAACUCUUCAUCUGCGAGCUGGUGCUGGCCCUUGACUAUCUCCAGAGCAGGCACAUCAUCCACAGAGACAUCAAGCCUGACAACAUUUUACUGGAUGAGCAUGGACACGUGCACAUCACCGAUUUCAAUAUUGCCACGAUGCUGACUAAAGAAAUACAAGUCACCACCAUUGCUGGCACAAAGCCAUAUAUGGCACCUGAAAUGUUCAACUCCACAAAACCCCCUGGCUAUUCCUUUGCUGUGGACUGGUGGUCAUUGGGAAUCACUGCCUACGAGCUGCUCAGGACCCGG